CACUGAGCAAAUGAGCCUAGAGAAGCAGCCCUUGAUCAUGUGACUCCUCCUCCUCCAUGUGACUGAUCACAUGACGGUGACAUCAUGCAGGUCCUGUAAGUACACGGCUCCUGUACAGCUCUGCAGGUGGAGGUUCCUAUAAGGUGUCAGGACGUGGUGGUCUAUUUCUCCAUGGAGGAGUGGGAGUAUGUAGAAGGACACAAGGAUCAGUACAAGGAUCAGGUCAUGAUGGAGGAUCAGCAGCCCCUCACAUCACCAGUCAGAUCCAGUAAGAGAACAGCACCAGAGAGGUGUCCCCGUCCUCUUGAUGAGCAGAAUAUGGAGGACAUUACUACAGGGAAAGAUCUGAUCUAUAUUAAGGCUACAGACAUAAAGGAAGAAGAAGAAGAGACAGAUGUGAGCGGUGAUGAGCAGUAUAAGGAGAAAAUUCCUACAGGGAAAGAUCUGAUCUAUAUUAAUGCUACAGACAUAAAGGAAGAAGAAGAAGAGACAGAAGUAAGCGGUAAUGAGCAGUAUAAGGAGGACAUUCCUACAGGGAAAGAUCUGAUCUAUAUUAAUGCUACAGACAUAAAGGAUGAAGAAGUGACAGAUGUGAGCAGUGAUGAGCUGUAUAAGGAGGACAUUCCUACAGGGAAAGAUGAUCUGACCUAUAUUAAAGCUACGGACAUAAAGGAAGAACAAGAGACAGAUGUAAGCAGUGAUGAGCAGUAUAAGGAGAACAUUCCGACAGGAAAAGAUCUGAUGUAUAUUAAUGCUACAGACAUGAAGGAAAAAGAAGAGACAGAUGUGAGCGGUGAUGAGCAGUAUAAGGAGGACAUUCAUGCAGGGAAAGAUCUGAUGUAUUUUAAUGCUACAGACAUAAAGGAAGAAGAAGAGACAGAUGUGAGCAGUUUUGAGCAGUAUAAGGAGGACAUUCCUACAGGGAAAGAUCUGAUGUACAAUAAUGCUACAGACAUAAGGGAAGAAGAAGAGACAGAUGUGAGCGGUGAUGAGCAGUAUAAGGAGGACAUUCCUACAGGGAAAGAUCUGAUGUACAAUAAUGCUACAGACAUAAAGGAAGAAGAAGAGAAAGAUGUGAGCAGUGAUGAGCAGUAUAAGGAGGACAUUCCUGCAGGGAAAGAUCUGAUGUAUUUUAAUGCUACAGACAUAAAGGAAGAAGAAGAGACAGAUGUGAGCAGUGAUGAGCAGUAUAAGGAGGACAUUGACAUUCCUAUAGGUAACUGCCCAGAUAAUUGUACCUGGAGAUCAGAGGAGAAUCUUAUAUCUUCAGAUUAUAAAGCAGAUGAUGAUAUCACACAAGAUACAUAUGAAGAACAUUCCAUUAUCCCAGAUACACCCUCAGCCCUUCACAGCCAAGAUCUGUCAUCUCCUCCUUAUAUACAGGUCCUGUCUUCUCACUCAUCACAGGAUGUUCUGCAAAAUAAAGGUCACAGAAGGGGUGUUGGACAUCAACGAGCUCAUACAGGAAAGAAACCAUUUUCAUGCUCAGAAUGUGGGAAAUGUUUUACAUUUAAAUCAGUUCUUGUUGUACAUCAAAGAACUCACACAGGAGAGAAGCCAUUUUCAUGUUCAGAAUGUGAAAAAUGUUUUAAUCGGAAAUCACAUCUUGUUCAACAUCAAAGAACUCACACAGGGGAGAAAACAUUUUCAUGUUCAGAAUGUGGAAAAUGUUGUACUCAGAAAUCAGAUCUUAUAAAACAUCAAAGAGCUCACACAGGGGAGAAGCCAUUUUCAUGUGUAGAAUGUGAUAAAUGUUUUAUUAAGAAAUCAUAUCUUUUUGUACAUCAAAGAACUCACACAGGAGAGAAGCCAUUUUCAUGUUCAGAAUGUGAAAAAAGUUUUAAUCGGAAAUCACACCUUGUUCAACAUCAAAGAACUCACACAGGGGAACAAACCUUUUCAUGUUCAGAAUGUGAAAAAUGUUAUACUCAGAAAUCAGCUCUUAUAAAACAUCAAAGAACUCACACAGGGGAGAAGCCAUUUUCAUGUUCAGAAUGUGGGAAAUGUUUUACUCAGCAAUCAAAUCUUGUUAAUCAUGAACGAAUUCACACAGGAGAGAAGCCAUUUUCAUGUGUAGAAUGUGAGAAAUGUUUUACUAAGAAAUCAUAUCUUGUUGUACAUCAAAGAACUCACACAGGAGUGAAGCCAUUUUCCUGUUCAGAAUGUGGAAAAUGUUUUGCUCAGAAAUCAGAUCUUGUUAAACAUCAAAGAACUCACACAGGGGUGAAGCCCUUUUCAUGUGCAGAAUGUGGGAAAUGUUUUACUGAUCAAACAAGUCUUAUUCAACAUCAAAGAACUCACACAGGAGAGAAGCCAUUUGUAUGUGUAGAAUGUGAGAAAUGUUUUACUUGUCAAUCAAAUCUUCUUAAACAUCAGAAAACUCACACAGGGGAGAAGCCAUAUUCAUGCUCAUAAUGUGGGAAAUGUUUUAUUUAGAAAUCAUUACCUAUUAGAUAUCUAAGAAUUCCUACAGGAGAGAAGCCAAUUCAGAGCAAUAAAUGAUGCAGACAACACAUCUAUAUAUUCACCAUGUACAUAGGAUAUCUGACAUUUAUACAUAUAUCAUAUACUGCAUCUCCAAACUUGUUACCAAUUGUUAAUAAAAGUUUUCUAUUAGGACGUAGUCACCGAUCCAGCGAUGUCAUCACUAUAGUUUACAUGGUAGGAGAAGAGUGUGAU